GACCGGUGAGAGACUCACAGCAACACGCGCGACAGCAUAUGACAGCAACGAUGCAACGAGAGUUGGAGCGACUGCAGUGCCCAAUUUGUGACAAGACCUACAUAUACAUGCAAAGUUUGAAGAACCACAUCAACGCCAACCACACGGACGAGCAUGAAUACUUGUGUCUGCUUCCGCACUGCAGCGUCGUCAGCAAAAACCAGGUACAAGCACUGCUGCACGGAUUUGAGCAUACGUUGGCUGCAACUUCCGCAUCGCCAACGACGAUCAAACCAGAAGAGGAGGGAACGGUCGCUGCUCAGUCUGUUUCGGACAAGACGCCUGGCGCGACGUCUCUCCCUGUAUCCUCUCGGUCUAUGUCGCACGCGCCAAACCUUCCUUCAACGCUCGCCAUAUCCGGCGCGGCCGCUCCGCAACCCUCUCCCCUCCCCUCAACUGCGCCGACGGGCAAAAAUAGCGACAAAGCGGCGCAUCGUCCCAGCGUGUAUCGUAUCCAGCCCACGACGCAUUCGUCCUAUAUGCCCAUUCCCGCCAUUUCGAAACCGGCCAAUCAAUCGAACCCGCCCAAGGCCAACCCACCCGCCAUUGCGCCUCCAGACCCAGCAAACUCCGCAGGGACGUUGCAACGCCCCGUCGAGGAUCACCUCCCUGCCAACUGGCUGCUUGAGCCUGCAGUUCGGAUCAGGCCAGGCGAGCCGAUCGAUUGUGGAGAUGGCGUGCUCGCCCGCCACGUCGAUUGCCUUUGCACUCUUGAAGCGGAGAAUGACGAGGUCUGCGGCAAGAGGUGCGCGCACGGACACAUACAAUGGGUGAUGCACUGCUUCGCAAACCAUAUGACGAAGGAAAAGCAGGAGAUAAUGGGUUGGCGGUGCGGAUUUGCAGGGUGCACUACCAAGGCCAAGAGCAGGAGAGACCAGGUGCGGAAUCACUACCUCAAUAAACACCACCCCGACAAGUUGUACGCGUGCCAAGCUUGCGGUGAACGGUUCAAGUCCGCUGACGAUCUACGAUCUCACGAGAGAAAAACGCACGGAGGCGAGGAUGCGGCGGGGAGUACUUCUGCCUCAGUAUGCGCCUCUGCUUCAAAGACGCCGGCGAUUGCUACGCGCAAGCGCGAUAGGUCAGUCUCAGGCGCGCAUGCGCCAGAGAAACUGCGCAAGACGUCCAGCACGCGCAGGAUGCCUAUGAAAGCGGGCGGGACGCCGGUCGAUCCGCAGCCGUGCGUGGCGCCAUCUCGUGCACGCCCCAUAUCGCCGCUGCCGGGCUGGACGCCGCUUCCUGAAGCCACCGAACACCCCCAGCAGGCGCCUACCGCAGAUAGCUCCAGGGAGUGUGCUCAAGUCCAGCCGCGGCAAGGCGCCCCACCUCGCGCCGCGCCAGCUGCCGCGCGCGUGUCAUCGUCUACCACACGCCGGUCGCCGCCACCUACCAUAGGCUGGCCAACAUCGUACGAACGGUCCGCCGUCAAUCGCGGCUUGCAAUUGUCUACCACGCGCGAGUCGUCCGUCGUCUCGCUCGAGUCGUGGGCCACCCCGCCGCCCAUCACACCUCUCGAGAGCACGUCCAAGCGCUCGUCAUACCAUUCUCUGGCCGUUAUGCAGGAGGCCGAAGCCUCUGAAGCUACCUGCAAUGAAGCCACUGGUGUUCACGGGGAGAACGAACACCUCGACGACGAGCCAGUCCAAGACCCUGCUGGACGCCGCGAGGCUGACGACGACAAUCUCGACACGGAGGACGAUGAGGAGGACCAACUGCUCUCGAGCGAGGGUCACGAGGACUUGGCAGAGGGCGAAUACGCGUCGGAUGUCGAGUUCGAGCUGAAGUAUCUCACGGUGGUUCAGCAGUCCGAAGAGGUGUUAGAGCCGUUCGAUGAGGAUGACCGCCGUUCCGCCAGGCUCGAGGACGACCCCGACCACACCGACGACCUUGACCACGCCGACGACCUCGACUACGCCGACGACCUUGAGUACGCCGACGACUAGCCUUCCCGUCCGCACAUCUAUUUUACGGACUUUAUUCCUUCCACGCUCAUUUCCAUCUCACCAUCUACGAAACAUCACGACUCGAUCCAACUCGGGCGCUGGUCGCUCGUCUACUUACUCACCUACUAAUGCGUACUUGCACCUUAUGAUUCCCUACUUGCACCUUAUAAUUCCCCACCUGCAUUCUAUAAUCCUCUGAUUCCUCUACACUCCCUAAUACACGUAUGUAUACACACUCUCCCGUCGGAUUGCUCUCUGCCUUGUAUCUUAGCCACACCUCACGCGCCUUACGCCGCUCAUACAGUAGCCUAUUGAUAACAACACACUCGUUUCACGACCAGUCCCAUG